AUGUCGGAUACUAAAAAUCCAAAGAGAUUGAAGACUAUAUUGUCGUUUUUCGGAAAGAACGCUGAAUCUUUAAGAGACGAGUCUACAAACUCAAACCCUUCUUCAAUUCCUAUUGCUCCGGUCUCUAAUGACCACAAUCAAUUUGUACAUCCUUACCCUCAUAAUGAAAUAGAUGAGUCUGAUAGAGUUGUAAAUGAUCAGGAAUUCGAUAUCAACUCUCUUGAACAUGAUUCAGGUAUAAUCGUGGAAAUUUUAAUGAAUUACAGGAGGCUUUUGGAAGGAAUAAUCCAAAGGGAGAGGUUCUUUGGUAUUGUGAAUGUUGCUGACACAAAAACCCGAACUCUUAAAGAUGAGGAUUGCCCGUAUGCAUAUUAUGUACAUUAUUUUGCUCAUCGUUUACAACUUGCUUUAAUUGGUGCAGCAGAAGAAGUUAGAGUUGUUUACAGAUUUUUUUCAAUGCUAAUUAAGAUUGUGAAUUUCGUUGGUGGUUCUACCAAGCGUAGUACGGAGUUAAAACUGACAAGAGAAGCUGAAAUUGAAGAGUUGUUGGAUGCUGGAUUGGUUGAGACAGGAAAAGGAGCUAAUCAAGUUCGUUGUUUACAGAGACCUGGAACCACUCGAUGGGGAAGUCAUUUUAAGUCUGUUAAUAGUUUGAUUGAAUUAUUCAGUUUAACCAAACUCGUGGUGGAGAACUUAAAGGACAACAGACACACUAGACAAAUUUGUGGUGAAGCUGAAGGUAUAUAUCUCUCUAUGACUUCUUUUGAGUUCGUGUUUGUCUUGCAUUUUCUGAAUAAAGUCCUGGGCAUCACUAAUUUUCUUUGCCAAAAAUUCCAAAAGAAGUCUGCAGAUAUUGUUAGUGCUCUUAAUCAUAUUUCUAUUACAAAAAUGUUGCUUCAAAAGUUUAGGGACAAUGGUUGGGAGAAUUUUCUUGAAACUAUGAUAUCAUUUUAUGAAACUCAUGAGAUUAAUAUGCCUGAUAUGAGUGCUCCACAAAGGGUGGGUACUGGUCGUUCUUGUCAACAAAAUGAUGACAUUACAAUAGAACACCACUAUCAUUUUGAUAUAUUUAAUGUUGUUAUAGAUAAACAGAUGAAUGAGUUAGAUGAUAGAUUUCCAAAGCAAUCAAAGGAACUUCUCACAUUUACUGCAGCUUUAGAUCCUCAAGAUGAUUUUAGGUCUUUUAAGAAAAAUGAUAUUUGCAGUCUUGUUGAAAAGUUCUAUCCCCAAGAUUUUACUUCUGCUGAAUUGUAUGCUUUAGAUUUGCAAUUGAUAUUUUAUGCUGAAGAUAUUCAUAGUCGUCCUGAGCUUCAAAAUAUUACUAGUCUUUUAGAAUUAUGA